UCUCAUACUAUUCUGUUAGUACAGCCGGGAAAUCGUCCUGAGACUCGCACUUAUUCUGAUUAUGAAAGUGUUAACGAGUGCCUUGAAGGCGUCUGUAAGAUUUACGAAGAACACUUGAAAAGAAGGAACCCAAAUACUCCGACAAUAACCUACGACAUAAGUCAAUUGUUUGACUUUAUCGAUCAAUUAACGGAUCUCUCGUGUCUGGUUUAUCAAAAAUCAACAAACACGUACGCUCCUUACAAUAAAGACUGGAUUAAAGAAAAAAUAUAUGUCUUAUUGCGCCGUGCUGCCGGUCACAGUGAGUGA